CGGCCGCCAUUUUGUUUGUGCGGGAGAGGGAGAAGGAGGAAGCGAUCGCCGCCGGUAGGAGCAGCAGCGUCGUCCCCGCCGCCGUCGGAAGCGUCGCCGCGGGCCCUUCGCCGGCCCCCACCCCUCCCCAGCCCCUACUCUCUCUGUAUCUUGACGGGCGGGCGCCCCGCCAGCCAGCCAUGCCCUCCUCGCCGCUCCGGGUGGCUGUGGUUUGCUCCAGUAACCAAAACCGCAGCAUGGAGGCCCACAAUAUCCUCAGUAAACGUGGUUUCAGCGUCCGAUCCUUCGGUACCGGGACUCACGUGAAGCUGCCAGGACCGGCCCCAGACAAGCCCAACGUUUACGAUUUCAAAACGACAUACGAUCAGAUGUACAGUGACCUCCUUAGGAAAGACAAAGAACUCUAUACACAAAAUGGGAUUUUGCACAUGUUGGACAGAAACAAACGGAUCAAGCCUCGUCCAGAAAGAUUCCAGAAUUGCAAAGAUGUCUUUGAUUUGAUCUUAACGUGCGAAGAAAGAGUUUACGAUCAAGUAGUAGAAGAUUUAAAUUCUAGAGAACAGGAAACGUGUCAGCCUGUACAUGUAAUAAACGUGGACAUUCAAGAUAAUCAUGAAGAAGCAACUCUGGGCGCUUUCCUUAUCUGUGAGCUGUGCCAGUGUAUACAGCACACGGAAGACAUGGAAAAUGAGAUAGACGAGCUAUUACAAGAAUUUGAAGAGAAAAGUGGGAGGACUUUUCUGCAUACAGUCUGCUUUUAUUAAAACAAAUUAAGAACAACCGACCCCUCUCUUCCAGGCCUUCCUGCAGGCAAAAGAGGCAUGUUUAGUUUUGAUCCAACGGAACAUUUCCCCCCUCCUUUUGGAGCGCGAAUGUCCAACCCAACUUACUUUCUUGUUGCUGUUUUGAUUUCCUUUGGCCCGCUGUACUUUUGUUUUAAAUUAUUAUUAUUAUUAUUUUCAGUGCAGGAGAGGUGGUUUCCGUACAGGGACGCAAACGAACUGUGCCGAGAAAAACAAAAAAAAAGUUCUCUCCCUCAAGGCUGCUUUAUUUAAGAGAUUAAAAAAAAAAUCAAGAUUUUUUUUUAAUCCCCUCUCCUUCACCCCCCUCCCCCCCCUCCGGCUACCUUACUUGAAUGGUUAUAAGUAGGGUUUUUAAUUAUAAAAAGAAUGUUUCUGAAAUGAUAUCAUUUAUAUUUGCCAGUAUAAAAUCUUACAUUAUUUCAGUUGGUGUCUUUAUUGUUGGGUGGGGGGCGGUUUCAGGGGACAGACUGAACAGCUGGAAUAUGGAAAGAUUUGACUGGAGCAGAGCAUAUCUGUAUAAUAGUAGCAAUGAAAUUGGAACCCUCCAAUAAACAUAAAUCACAUA